AACAUAUUUUUACUUCCCCACAGAGACCAAGCAGAACAAGACGAAGCUCUUCACACUGACAAGUAUCUCACAGCCUGCAGUCAUCUGCCUCAGGAUAUAACAGCUCAAUCUCUCGACAGAUCACAGAACACACAGGACGCUCCCUUCCUGACUCCACUGUCGGGAACUUGGACUUACGAAACAUGUCUAGAUAUCUGCUCAGCACUGCGCCCUCAUAUGACAGUAUCGGCAAUCAAAGCUCUAUGAUCUGCAACAACAGCCAUGUGCGAGCCUUCAGCCAAGUCGUCCUCCCAACUCUCUACAGCCUGGUCUGCAUUGUGGGCAUCCUUGGCAAUGGCCUAGUCAUGUGUGUCCUUACCAAAUACCUCCAGAAAUCGAACAUGAUGGACGUCUGCCUCUUCAACCUGGCUGUGUCCGACAUGCUGUUCCUCAUAACCCUGCCGUUCUGGGCCCACUACAGCGCUGUUCAAGAAUGGAUCUUCGGGGAUUUCCUGUGCCGCACUGUGACAGCAUUACACAACCUGGGCUUCUACAGCAGCAUCUUCUUUAUGCUUCUUAUGACGGUGGACCGUUAUGUUGUCACUGUCCACGCCCUCUCCUCCAUUUUUUUCAAGCGAAGUUCAUGCCGAGUGGGUGCGGCUCUCGUCUUGUUGGUAUGGGUUCUCAGUGUGGGAGCCUCUAUUCCAGAAAUUGUGUUCUCUGAAGAGCGCAACGAGACUACCGGAUUUAAGUGUGAGUUUGACAGUCGGUCGCCAGUUGGUCGACAGUGGAAGUUGGUAGGCUACGUUCAGCUGAACGUCCUUGGUUUGCUCCUCCCGAUCGUCGUCAUGGGGUUUUGCUACUCUAAGAUCAUCCCCACCUUGGUGGCAAUGAAGUCUAAGCAGAGGUUCAAAGCAAUCAAGCUCAUGUUGGUCAUGAUCUUUAUUUUCUUUCUCUGCUGGACGCCCUACCACUUGGUUGCCUUCCUGAAGUUCCUUUCGCACUUGAAUUAUUUAAAUAACUGCACAUGGCAGGCUGGCCUGAACUUGGCCAUGCCUUGGGUCGAAACCAUCGCCUACAGCCACUGCUGCCUCAACCCCUUCAUAUACUUCAUCAUGGGGCAGAGGUUCAGGACAUUAAUUGUUAAGGUUUUGAAAGAAUGGUUUCCGAUGUGCUUCAGCCGGUGCAACUUGAUCACCACUCAACUGACGUUGAAGAGGAACAUGCGUCACUCAGUAAUUUAUAGCACAACAGUUGUGUAGUCACAGCAGGCCCAUGCUAAUAUGGAUUAGUCAUGUUCAGCAAAGCCUAGCGGAUAACCUAGACACCACAGACAUGUUUCAGAUUUUGCAGAAUAUUGGCAGCUUCACCAUAAAGACCAGAGAGAGGAAAUUCUGGUUUCACAAACUAAUGCUAUGUAUGCUAUCAGACUGUGGUUCUGUUUAAAGUUCGAACAGCUGUUUAAGUGUGCUAUUGGUGAAACACCUUGACAGCUAAUGGUAAAAUAUACAGUGGCUUUGGGCACUGGUCCUAAGACCCAACCCCUGCUGAGACUAUACUGUAAAAAAAAAAAAAAAAAAAAAAAAAAAAAGGUUUACAGGCUUUUCCCAGUAAAUUUCCCAGUGUUUUCCUAAGAAUUAAGAACACUUUCUGUAAUUUUACAAUACAAAAUACAUACUGUUAUGUGGAAAUAUUACUAACAAAUACAGUUUUUUAUUCACUUAUGUUUUUAUUUGCAGUGCAUGCACAGGUUAUGUUGUUAAGAUAAAUUACUUGGAAUAUCUUUUUUAUUUUUUAUUUAUAUUUAUAUUUUAUUUUUUUGCAAGGCAGUAACAUAUAUAUAUAUAUAUA